AUGACAGAAAAACUCCGCAACGACAAGAAGAUGCUCCAAGAUUCUCUUGCCGCUGUCAAGAAGGAGGCAGUAGAGAAGGCCAAAGACCUCUAUAAGACUACAAAGGACAUAUUGCAGGUACAAUCAGCUCUCAAUUGGCACCGUCAAUUUAGCUUCAAAAUGCAAAAGGCAGAUGAAAACACAAUCCCCAAACAACUAGACGAUCUUUACAAGUCAACACGUACCUUGAUCCAAGGCUGCGCGGAGGAUCAGGGCCGAGUGUACGCAGUUAUUGCCGGGACGGAGUGUGGGAGUCCUUCAGGUGCGCUUUCAUUCUAA